AUGGCAAAAAGCCCCAGAAAAGAGUGUGCCCCGGUGGGGGGCAAGAAAAUCCCCAGCUACGCUGGCUUCCCCACCCCAACUUCCAAUACCAACCUUACCAAGCAUCGCCCCACCGCGAAAAAGCGCGCCGGCAAGUCGCUUGGGCCUCACCACUUUCAGCCCGCGGGCAAACGGUUGGGCCUGACUCCGAGCCGCCGCUUCCUGAUUGUCGAUUCCCCUAGUGACGAUGACGACGACGACGACGACGACUCUCAAGUGGUGGUGUCGAUGCCCAAACUCAUGCCCCAAAAACGAUUGCCCAAAGUGGCCCUGAAACGAUUCCCCAAAAAGACCCCGCGUAAAACUAGUAAACACCAGAAGUUCAACUACGACGACCUUGCCUCGCUGCUGGACGAUGACGCUAUGGAUCUUGCUGACCUGGACGACGAUGAACAAAGUAAUGCCAACGACAGAGACAAUGACGACGAAGACGACGACGAUGCGCUGGACGCGCUGCUGGUGCUGAUCGACUUUUCGUUUAUGAACGCCGCUGCCGCUCGUCGUAAACUGGUGGCAUCUCAGUUUGACUCUGGCGACGACUCCAGUGACUCCGGCGAUAACUCGCUGCUGGACCUGGACGUUGAUUUCGUCAAGCUUCAGCUCCAGCAUAAGGCCAAGCGCUACUCGCCGAAGAAGUCGCAACGGCCUCAACUCCCUCGCAAAUACGAACUGGCUAUCGCUCUGCUGGACCUGGAACUGGAGCUUCUGGACGUCCCCAGCGCCGAGCUGCUGACCACCAGUGUCGAGCCUCCGAAGUUCGGUCGUCGCAAGAGCGAUGCUGUGUUGCCUGACGACAUCAACUUCACCUUUGAUUUUGAUGACUCGACGCAGCACCUGACGCUUUUGCCUGACGGUCUUGAGGUCAAUGGUAACAUCAAUGAAGACCUCGGUGAAGAUCUUGGUGAAGACCUUGGCGAAGACUUGCUGACUCCUCCCGACCUCCCCGUGUUGCCUCAAUCGCUCGAUAUGGUCGACUUUGACCUUGCCGUGCCCAAGAUUACUGAUGCCAACUCCGACGAAGAGUACGAGUUUGACGAUAACGAGUUGUUGGCGACAUUGCACGCCGACGACGAUAUUCUCGACCUGCCUGCUACUUCGGAGCCGCUGCGCACGCGUAACAACUCGAUUAACCUGCUUGAUGACGAUGACGAGCAGAAGUUCUUGCGUGAAGAAGAAAAGUACCUCGUCAACGAGUUUGAAACCAACGGGUUCGACGAUGAGGUCGACGACCUGGACGAAGACAUGCUGGAGCAGGAGUUGAUCGAUUUCGGUGAGGACUACAUGCCCAACCCGGAAGACAAGAUCACCCUGCGUCUGAAGCUGGCCCUGGACGAGGACGACGACCUGUACAUGUGGAACUACUUCUUUUCCACCAAGCUGGACGAGGAAGAGUCGGAGGCGCGGGCGCAGGCAGCAGCCUACGAAAAUGCCAUUCUCUCGCUGGACGAGGACAACCUUGGCAUGGGGGCCGCCGACGGCUACGAGUCGAGCGACUCUACCGACGUCGACGAAAACCUUCCUCUGACCACCACCAACGCCAAAGUGGCGCAAAAGGCUAAAGAGGUGUUGAGUUCCACCACCACCGACUACCGGCCCCCGGUGCUCGGCACGUGGAUGACGGUGGACUCGAAACCUUUUGGCAUCAUUGACGGUCUUUCCACUCGUGUGCUCAACGGUCACGAGCCGCGUAAGCUGCGCAAACUGGUGCUGGUCCCCACCAAUGUCGACGAUCCUCUCGGGCUCGACGAGUUGUUAAACGUGAGCGAGCUUGAUGAUCUGGAGACUGACGUGAAGAUCUGGCAGGACUUUAACCUGCGGGCUAAGGUGCCGCUUGGUGCCUUCCGCAAUAAGCUGACGGGUCUUGCUACUCCAGUGUUUAACGAAGGGUCAAAGCAGAAAGUAUACAAACGUUCAGGCAAGGCGAAAACCGCCCGCAAGUUGGCUCGGCGUCGCCAGCUGAUCCUGGAGGCGAUCCAAGAAGGGUACCGGCCUACAAAGCUGGGAUUAUUUGCUGAGCAUAUUUUGGGAGACGUGGAGGAGGUGAUGGGUGAUGACAGGGAGUUCAUGAAUUUGAUUAAAGGAUUAUGA